CAACAAUCACUUUUUCAUCCACAUCCAAAACAGAAGAAAUGUUGUUGGGCCUUCGAACAAAGAGCCGUAGAGACAAAGGAGUUUUCGUUGAGUAUCUAAUCUCAAUCAAGGAGCUAAAGCCAUGGCCAACGAGCCAAGUCCCCGCACAAUGCGUCCUUCUCAAAUGGGAGAACGGCGAAAACAGCUCAGGCUCAUUCAUCGCGGUCGUGGGCAAAGACACGAUCAUGUUCAACGAGUCCUUUAGGCUAGCCUUAACGCUAGAACCCAAAGGUGUGGAGGACAAGAAGUUUCAUAAGAAUCUUCUUGAACUUCAUGUCUACGACGCCAAGAAGAGAGACAAGGGGGUCAAGAACAAGCUUCUUGGCUCGGCCGUGGUCAACCUCGCUGACUACGGCGUGUUGACCAAUUCUGUUCCCGUGGGGGCUCCGUUUACUUUCAAGAAAAGCUCUAGGAACGAUGCGAACUCUGAGGUUUACCUAACCAUCGAGCCGGCCGGAGAGGAUGAAGGUUACAGGAGUAGCAGUUCGUCGCAGCCGAAAAUGAGAGGAUCUGUUGAUAAAGAAGGUAGUGAGUUUAGUUUGGCGUCGUUGACGGAUGACGACGAUGAUGCUUCGUCGCAGAGUUCGUCUUCACGCAGGGUUUCUUUCUCAGCUAUGUGUGAAGCAUAUCCCAUGAACGCAGAGGCUGAGAUGAAGGGAGAUGAGAAGAAAGGUUGGAAACAUGUAACGCUUAAGCACAGUAACAACGAGGCAGCACUCGUCUCCGAGAUCGAGAAUCUACUAAGAGAAGAAGAGAGAAAGAGACAGAGCAAUGAGUUAGUGGCUGUGAGCGCAGAGAGUGACCAAAAACAAAAGAACGAUACAAUUGCCUCAAAGCUCAAGAAACAGUUCUCUGAGAUCAGAUCAGUUCCUUCUCCGCUACCUCCAGACGCAGCGAGGAAACAGAUGAGACUUCGGACGAACACUCUUGCCAUAGGAAGAAAGACUCUAGGCAUGGAAGGUGUACCAAGACUGAAACAGCUCAAGUCUAUUCAGGUGCUUUUUGACGGAACCGGUACCAAUACAAUCAAUGAUGAUAUCCGGAAAAAGGCGAGUGGAGUGAGCAACACGUUAGGUUUAACAACAACUCCGCAAGAGCCUAGAACAGAGACGCUUGAAGAUGAGCUGAAAGAAGCAGCAGCUCUUGAAGCAGCGGUUUACUCUGUGGUCGCCGAGCAUAGUAGCUCCAUGAGCAAGGUUCACGCACCAGCUCGUCGUCUUGCUAGGUUUUAUCUUCAUGCUUGUAAAGGAAAUGGCUCUGAUCAUUCUAAGCGAGCAUGUGCAGCUAGAGCCGCGGUUUCUGGAUUGAUAUUAGUUUCUAAAGCAUGUGGAAAUGAUAUUCCAAGGUUAACGUUUUGGCUAUCAAAUUCGAUUGUGCUUAGAGCAACUUUAAGCCGAGGUAUAGAGAAACUGAAUCUGGUCUCUAUCAAACCCGGUUCAGACGAAUGGGAAGAUCCUCGAGCUUUUCUUGCGGCUUUGGAGAAGUUCGAGUCUUGGAUAUUCUCUCGUGUUGUUAAAUCAGUAUGGUGGCAGAGUAUGACGCCGUAUAUGCAAUCUGCACCGGUUAAAGGAUUGAUGACAAGGAAAGUUUCGGGGAAAAGACGGUUAGGUCAUAAGAACCAGGGACUCUAUGCUAUAGAGCUAUGGAAGAGUGCUUUCAAAGCUGCUUGUGAAAGACUUUGCCCACUAAGAGGUUCAAGACAAGAGUGUGGUUGUCUACCUAUGCUUGCUAAAUUGGUUAUGGAACAGUUGAUCAGUAGACUUGAUGUAGCAAUGUUCAACGCGAUACUUCGUGAGUCAGCAAGUGAAAUGCCGACAGAUCCUGUCUCUGAUCCGAUCAGUGACAUAAAUGUUCUUCCAAUUCCAGCAGGAAAAGCAAGUUUCGGGGCAGGCGCAGAACUAAAAAAUGCGAUUGGAACUUGGUCUAGAUGGCUUGAGGAUCAAUUCGAGCAAAAGAAAGACAUAUCUGAUGAUAGCAAUAAUAAGGAGAAGCCAGAAUGUGAAAAUUUCAGAUUGUUCCAUCUACUUAACUCUUUAGGCGAUCUAAUGAUGCUUCCAUUCAAAAUGCUUGCAGACAAAUCCACAAGAAAAGAGGUUUGUCCAACACUUGGUCCACCAAUAAUAAAAAGAGUUCUACGAAACUUUGUCCCAGACGAAUUUAACCCGCACAGAAUCCCUAGAAGACUAUUCGAUGUUUUGAACUCCGAGGGUUUGACCGAAGAAGAUAAUGGAUGCAUCAUAGUCUUCCCUUGUGCAGCAUCACCAACAGUAUACUUAAUGCCGUCUACAGAUUCCAUAAAACGCUUCAUAGGAGAGCUGAACAAUCCAUCUUUAUCCGAAACCGGGUUAUCGGUAUAUAAGAAACAGUACACGAGCGACGAUGAGCUGGAUGACUUAGAUACAUCGAUCAACUCUAUAAUCUCUGCUCCUGGAACAACCAGUUCAUCAGAGUGGAUGCCGAAAGGACACGGACGUCGAAAGACCGUAAGAUAUCAGCUCCUUAGAGAAAUAUGGAAAGAAGAUGGAUUACAAUAACAAUUCUUAUGUUUCUUGGUGACAUGUAUGAAAGUAUAUUGCUAUUUUGCGAAUUUUUUUUCUUAAUAUCCUAAGCGAUUAGCGUAAAGAAUCUAACAUAAUCUAUCUUAUUAAAACAGAAACAUUCUGUUGGACCUAACAUUUAUUUCGUAAGUUUUUAAAUUAAAUACACAUUUCUACUU